GCAGCGACGAAGGCUGUCGAUUACUUCACGUCCCUGGAGAGUGAGCCUAACUAGUCGUUAUGGUCUCAAACCUUGCCAGUCGGCCGCUACGACGCCUACUCACGCGUCGUCCGAUUCUUGCACACCACUUCCACCGCACGUCCGUAUGGGCAACGCGUAAGAUUAUUCAGCCUUUCAAGCUCGCAGAUAUUGGAGAAGGCAUUACCGAAUGCGAAGUAAUCAAAUGGAAUGUGAAGCCGUCGAGCAAUGUACAAUUAUUCGACCCUCUAUGCGAAGUUCAGAGCGACAAAGCAAGCGUAGAGAUAACAAGUCCAUUUGAAGGUGUCGUGAAGGAGCUCCUCGUCAGAGAGGGUCAAGUGGCAAAGGUUGGUGAGGAUCUAUGCAUGAUUGAAGUGGUCGACGAAAGCUCCGAAGAGCCUGGAGCUGCCGAUGCAACAAUGAAUGAAGACAUAGUAGAACAAGCUACAUCGGUACAUGAACCUGGGACAAGCAGCUCGGAGCAAUCAAUGCCAGCUAGCACUUCGAGUGGCGUUGAGCGAAACUUGCAUCCUUUGGAUCCGCGUGCACAAGCUGAACACAAGUCAGAACCACUGUCUGUACUUGCUCUUCCCUCAGUACGGCACUUUGCGAAAGAACGUGGCGUAGAUUUGACGCAUCUCGCACCCGGUUCUGGGAAAGGUGGUAGAGUUGAAAAGAAAGAUGUCGAAGAAUUCCUUGCGCGUGCUUCGUCCCAAGGUUCCACACACCUGGCCGGGCCCUCAAUACAGGAGCGUGCAGAUAAUGAAGUCGUCGUGGAACUAGGAAGAACAAGGCACGCUAUGUGGAAAGCGAUGGCUAAGAGCCUUGAGAUACCACAUUUUGGAUACUCUACAUAUCUAGAUCUCACGUCUCUCCACAACGUCAUACCCGUCCUCAACGCAUAUAUCCCACCUCAUUAUCUGUUAGAACCUCCACCAGAAAAGCCGAUGGCCGUCAGUCCAUCAUCCGUUCACCCAGUUCCUCCGCCCCCAGAAGUUCCACCGACAGCAAGAUUUUCGCGAUUGACAUAUCUUCCGUUCCUGCUCAAGACUCUUGCCAUUGCCAUGCACGAAUGGCCGCUAUUCCGUUCCUCUAUUACACCUUUUUCCACGAAUUCUGAGACAAAACCGACACUUACUAUACGGCCACAUGCAGACAUUAGCAUUGCCCUUUCAACACCGUCUGGACUCUAUACUCCAACUCUGCAACGUGUCUCUUCUCAUUCCGUCUACAGCCUUGCCUCGCGGCUGGCGCACCUUUCAGCCCUUGGCCGUCGUAUGCCAUGUGGACUCGGUCCUGCUGAGAUGCCAAAAGCCGGUGGGACACUGACUGUCUCGAAUGUUGGUGCAUUAGGCAACGGUGAAUUUGCGAGCCCUGUCCUCGUUCCAGGUGGAGGAGUCGCGAUCGUAGCUAUUGGCCGUGCCAAAUGGACCCGAGACGAGGAGAGGAAUGGCGAAAGGCGGUUAAAGGUCGGUGUAAGUUGGAGUGCGGAUCAUCGCAUCGUAGAGGGUGCAGAGUUGGCUGCGUUCGUAGAAUGCUGGAGAGGGUAUAUAGAGCAUCCAGAGAGGUUAAUCGGAAUUGGUGUAUGAUUACUGUAAUGCAUGCCAUGGUGAUUACUUAUGGCGUAUUUUUGGGGUCGUGACCGUGGGAACUGUGUAAU